CUUCAUUUUAUUCAAAUUUCAAGAAGUCAAUAAAUUUUUAAUUUUUUUUUUAAAUAAUACAAAUUAAAAGGUUGGGCAAUUGUAAUGUGUUACAGCAUAUAAUAUGUCUCGUCAUCCAUCACCAUUAGACAAUGAGCAAUGUAGGCAAUGUUCUAGAUUUUCGGAUUAUGUGAAAUCUGCCACAAAGAAAUCCAAAGAGAAUAGUCAAAAAAAUGGAAAUGAGGAAAAACCAAUACGAGAAGAUUGUCCAUUAGAUAAAGAUGGAUUGGGUAAUAAAUCUUGGGGAUUACUUCAUACAAUGGCAGCUAAAUAUCCAACGAAACCCACACUUCAAGAUGAAUGUUCAAUGAAAGAAUUUUUUGCACAUUUUGCUAGAUUUUACCCAUGCGAUCAUUGUGCUAAAGAUUUAAGAGAUGAAUUAAAAAUAGAUCCUCCACAAACGAAAUCUCAAGAUGAAUUGAGUCAAUGGUUAUGUAAAUUACAUAACAAGAUAAAUGUUAAAAUAGGUAAAGAAAUUUUCGACUGCUCAAAGGUAAAUGAGCGAUGGAGAGAUGGUUGGGCAGAUGGCUCUUGUGAUUAUUAGGUUUAAAUAAGAGAACCAUAAUAGUUUUUAAGAAGUCAAAUAUUUUGUGAUAUAUAUAAUUGAAAUUAGAAAAUAUAUAUACAUAUGUUUUAUUGUGUCAUAGAA